ACAAUAGCUCCAUUGCCUUCUUUCUGUUCAUACUAUGAAAAGAAGUAGUGAAAUUUAUCUACGUCCCGAUAGUGUCGCACAAAAGAAAGUUUCCUGCUCGCAAGGUGGACUCUUAUCAUGUCCUACUUGACUCUGCAAUCUACAACUGCAUUGGAUAUGGCUCAAAAUAUCACUGGUGGGUGCUGAUCAGUCGAUACAUGCACGGUCCUACCUGACUUGCUCUCAAGCUUAGAACGAUUCGCUUUCUGCUCGGGCCACAAUGCAUUCACUGCUCAACGUGUAGACGACGGAUAGUGUAGGAGCUCAAGGCAUGACAAUUGGCCUCUUAGAAGUACCAGGUUCAUGUAAGCCCAAACUCUGUGCCAUCAUCUCAGCUGGACUUGAAAUCUCAGUCCCUCGUUUGCCCUCGACCAUGGCCAGAGGGUUUCAGUUUUCUCGAGACCUGUAUGUGUACGUACCUGCAGGCACAAUGCACAGGAGGACGAAGUCCAAAGAGACAGGAGAUUGAGCAUUGUAGCUUGAGGUUCGGUUCACAUGUUAACAAUAAUGAUGGCCGACCUCGGACACAUACAUGUUGGAUGCCCCAGUCUUGGUAACAUGGGAUUUGAACGUUACAGUGUCGUAGUAUGAGCGUGUUAACGUAAAAAAUUCAAAGAUUUCCAUGCUGAAGUUUGAAAGAUAGCAAUCGAGCUCAGGCAGGACAACCGACCGGCGGAGCUGAUGAUCGAUCCUCGAGCAUAAGAGUAUCUUCACUGGACUGCAAGGAGAGUAAUGCUCGACAUGGCUGAGUGACAGACAAUUCGAGACUCAAGAAAACAAACGCAGGAGAUGAAGUAUGUACAUAGUCGACUUGCGGCGGACCGGACCGACAGACCAGACAAGGAACCCCCGAGCGCGGCGGAAUCAGCUCGUCUUCCAGCUGGACACGGAAGCGAGAAUUCAACGCGUACGUGGCAGUACACAUGGAUCCAUAGGCCACCGCAUACGACAAAUCUCUGAUACACUUUACCGGUGGGCCAUUUGGAAGGAAACGGAUUUCCUGCACCUCGGGAGUUCCAUGUUAAAGUCAGAAGUUUGCUGGCACCUGGAUCCGUAACGACCCACCUCACCCCUCGAGCGUUCAACAUACAGGGUUUGAGACCGCCGGAUGAGUUCGGUGGGAUGCAGAUUCCGGAUGCGGAGGGGGCAGCCGAGCCCUUUAUGUCGAGGAGAAGAUGCCGGCACGAAGAAGAUUCUCCGGAUCAGAUAUCUUCUGCUGCGGGAAGCGAUUGCGCCAGUGGCAAAAGAAGAUGCAGCAGGUGUGGAAAGUCGGAAAUGACGCAAGGUUUGUUUGCUGGCCUUCCUUGCAAUUCGUCCAAGGAUGCGGCUGAUUUAAGCUUCUCGACGUUCGGAUCUGAAGCAUUCCAUGCAAUCGACUCGAUGGAGUGUAUCUCGCAGCUCGGGUGGCUGCAGCAUUGUGCUCUCACGCGGAGAAGGAUUUUGAAUCAUCCUUCUCGUCUCAAGUCGAACAAGACCAGCAACAGCAGUAGCAGCAGGCAAAGUGAGCAUUCGAGGCACAAAAACAGAGACCGACACGAGGCAUCGAAUGAACUAUGGCUAGAACCCCUCGACCAUCACUCCCAGGAGUUAACCAAAGCACGACGCGCUUCAUCUUCCGAUCUGCAUUGGAAUUAUAAAAUAUAAAGCUUAAACUGGAUUUGUUGAAUUUGUUUUGUUGUGGGUACUGAAGCCCACAAGUCUCCUGGAUUGCAUUCCACGAUUUGAAAGAUGUAAGCAGACGCUGGUUGGAACUUUGCUGAAUUGAGUUGUGGGGUAUGAGGUCUGAAGUUUUGCUCCAAGUGUGUGAGGUGAGGUCACUGUGCCGGCCGAGGACUUUGACCAGCUUGCUCGUACGCUCGAGAUGAUCAUGUGACCGGCUACUGUGACCGGCUCCCAGUGAGCCUGAGCUGAGAUCUAGCACUGCUGGAAAGUUUCAUAGAGCUUCUCGUGAAGAUGUUUUUUCCGGAAUUUUGUAAAGCGGCGGAAAAGUACGACCCACACACCGCAUGCAAUCCGGAUUCCGGCAGCAUCAAAAGCCAACGGAAGCGUUGGCUCCUGGAUAAAAGCACGACAAAUGUUGUCGAAGAAGUGAAUGGUUGAUGAAGAUCUCACCAUGUCCAACGGCGGCUAAGCACAGAGAGAGAGGAAGAGUGAGAGUGAGCCC